AUGCUCCACAAAAUCUCUUCAAUUGCCCUCUUGUUGGCACUCGGCAUCUCUUCCCAAGCAACUCAAAUCUUCAGCAAUACUGGAACAACCUCUGGCUGGGACGCUACCAACGCUGAGCAUUCUGGCACCGUCCAGCAAGUUACCAAUGUCGUGUACAAAGGUACAACUGCGUUGAAAAUGACCCAGGUCUACGACCCCAGCUACACCGGCCGAUAUCACUCCGAAGUUGUCAAGAACUCUGUCUACAAGCGUGGCGACACCGGUUUCUAUGGCUUUGCCUUCCGCCUCCAGGAAAACUGGCAGUUCUCACCAGCCCAAGGCUACAAUAUCGCGCAAUUCAUCGCCGACUUCGGGGACACAGGGUGUGAUGACUGGAUGCCUUCCAGCAUGGUGUGGCUCCAGGGAAACCAGCUGUACUCGCGCGUGAAGCAAGGAAACAUUUGCGCCCAGAGGAUCCAAACCUUCCCGAACCUGGCCACCGUCUCUGCAGGAGUAUGGCACCGUAUCGUGAUCCAGGCUAGCUGGAAAACAGACGGAACUGGAUAUUAUAAGAUGUGGUUUGACGGAACUAAGGUGCUCGAGGAAUACAACAUCAACACGACUAUUGAAGAUGAUCGAGCAUUCCAGUUCCGCGUCGGUCUUUAUGCCAAUAGCUGGCACGACGAUGGGACCAUGAUGGGAACCCAAGGGACACGCUCAGUUUGGUAUGACCAGAUUGCAGCUGGAUCUACUUUUGCCGAUGCCGAUCCUGCUCAGUGGUAA